CACAAAUUUCUCUAUAAAUAUUCAUUAAAUAAACUUUUAUCUUGCAAUUGCAUUUUGUAUAAAAAUCUUUUGUUAAGCUUAAGAAAUGUAUUUUUUCACAAAUUGUAAAAGUAUUAAGUUUAAAUCAAAGUAGAAAUGAAACUGUUAUACACUGCUCUUAUCUGGGGCUUAAUACAAAUUUUUACCAACAAAACUUUGGCAGCCACCAAUAAUAGUACUAAUCAAACGAUAAUUGGAUCGAAAAAAGAACUAGUAAUAUUAUAUGAAAAUGAAUUAGAAUUAUUAGCAAAAGAAUUCUGUGAAAAGGCUAAAUUGUUAAGUGAAAAACUAAUACAAAAUCUUAAAAUACAACAAGCUAACAGCCCGCUUAUUAAGGAAUUUAAGAAGAAUAUAACAGAAUUUUUAUAUAAUUAUGAUUUUUAUCAGCGUCAUCAACUGUACAACUAUUUGUUAAUGAAAUUUAUAAAAUCUACUAUACACUACUACCUACAGGACCUUAGUCCCACUAAGGAUUCACAGUACAUAUUAGAUCUCUUGAAAAAACUACAAUAUGAUAAGUUAUGUGAUGAAUAUGAGCUAAAAUUUCAAAAACUUAUUAAAGAAAAAUUUCUACCCAAAUUCGAAAAACUUCAAACACAACUUUUACGCUCCAACUCAAAGAAAAGUAGGUCCUUUUUAAACUGGUAUAAUAAUCUAAAGAAGUGUCAGGAUUAUAAGUGUUAUUAUAAAUAUUUCAAUAAAUUCAUAAAUAUUAUAACAGCAGCCAAAAAACAACUAUUGGAUUAUAUAAGACAAGAGCUAGAAAACAUUAAUAUCUAUUUCAUCACUACUGCUUACUAUAUAAGUAAGGGCGUCAUAAAAGAUCCUUUAAUUCUACAACUUAGCCCUGCUGUUCGUCAAAAAUUCACUAAAGAUAUUAAUGAUUUUCUUACACAAUAUGAAAACAAUCAAGAUGUUUUACAACUAUAUGAUUUAAAGGAUUUUUUUCAAAAUAAUAUUUCACAAAAAUAUUACUACAAUACAGAAGAUAUAUCCUUAAGUGAUGAUCAAUUAUUGGAGCAAAUCUUUGAUAAUCAAAAGCUUAACGAAUUCCAAUUUACUUAUGAAACAAAAUUUAAUAGAUUUCUUGAACGAGGUCUUUAUGGAAAAUUUCAAAAAUAUAAAACUUCACUUAAUCGAAGAGCAUUGAUGCGUGAGCAGCCGUUAUUCGAGUGGUUUGAACAUUUGUUAAGUUUACGCAGUUAUGGGGAAAGAUAUAAAGAAUUUGGUAACCUAAUUAAGUUGAUUUAAUUUAAUAUUAAUAAAAAAUUUAAUAGUUUUGACUAUAUGUGAUUUAGAAGCAUUAUAAUAAUAUUAUAAAAGAUUCUAAUAAAUUAUAAC